CUUAAUUCGGUAGGGGAACUACAUAGCUGCGAUCUAGUUCGCUGGUUAGGGACGUGACAUACCGGUACCCAGCGACACGCCUUGCACAACAUUAUUUCCCAUCUUGAUCCCUGUUUCUACGACAGUGAUUGGAUAGCUUACAUACCAGGAGGCAUACUCCUUACUGGGCAUUGGCAAUCAAGGCUUAGGUAGAGCUCAACCGUUAUCGCAAAGAUGAACGUCGCCAUGAAGACUUCCGUUCCAGCCUCCAUGCAGCCCUGCGCUCGCCGUACAGCCUUUGUGCGCCAUGGAACCCUGCGGGCGGCCCCCAUGCGGACAGCCCCGGCGGCCCGUGUCCUGCGGAUUCAAGCGGUACAGCAGCAAGCCAGCACCGGCAAGCAAGAGCAGCGCUGGGACGCACAAGUCAUGGAGGGCAAGGUCCGCAACCUGUCCGGUGCCGACAUCCGGCAGCACCUGGCAGACGGCUGGGUGCUGCUGGACGUGCGGCCGCCUAGCGAGGCUAGCAAGGCGCGUAUCAAGGGCGCCGUGGAGGUGCCCCUGUUUGUGGAGGACGAGUCGCUGAGCCCCUCCUCGCUGAUCAAGCGGCUGUCGGCGUUCGGCAUGGGCGGCUGGUGGCUGGGCGGCACCCACAUGGUGCCCAACCAGCGCUUCCUGGCGGAGGUGCAGGUGCGGGCGGCGAAGGUCCCUAAGACGGCGCGGCUGGUGGUUGGCUGCCAGAAGGGGCUGCGGUCGCUGGCCGCGUGCGAGCAGCUGAGCAUCGCGGGCUAUGAGACUCUGGCGUGGGUCAACGGCGGCUUCGACAGCUGCAAGAAGGGUGAAGUGCCCACGGUGGGCGAUGUCGACAUCCGAUAUGCGGGCAUCGGCGGCCUGAGCGAGGCCAUCGGCUGGACGGAAGUACAGCAGGAGCAGAACAAGGGCCUGGGCAGCAUUGACGGCGCCCUGAAAUUGGUCGGCCUCAUCCUUGUGGCAGACCUUUUGCUUUUUGCAGGAGAGUAUGUCCAGGCAUACAUGAACGGAAAGUUGUAAGUUGCAGUAGCGCGUGGUUCUGGAUCGCACAUUUUGCCUGGUCAUGGUUUUGGCAGUACCAACAAGCUCUUGCUACAAUAUGUUACAAUGCUUGGUUUAAUAAUGUAAUACCGAUGAAUAUAUCAGCGACGAUGCCUGGCUUCCAAACCACCACAAUAAAGGUCGCGAAAACGUAUCUAUGCAGCGGUGUAGCUGUAUCUGCGGCUGCAUAAGAGCAGCAAAUAGGGAUGGCAGCAGCGCUGCCGUCAAACAUGGACGGGCUUGGAGCGAUAGCUGCCCAACCUGUCCUGAGUCCCUUCAAUCCAAGCGACAUACACGUAUUGCUUGUGGACGACGAACGCCUUACUCGCUUAGUAGUUGGCAACCUACUGCGGGCUUGCAAAUACAAAGUCACCAUCGCGGAAAGCGGAACCCAGGCGCUUGAUGUAUUAUCUAAAGCAGGCCCUGGCGCCUUCCAGCUUAUCUUGACGGAUGUGAUGAUGCCGGACGUGGGAGGGUUGGAGCUGUUGCGUUUCGUGCGCAGCCACCAGCACCUGUACAACGUGCCCGUCAUAAUGAUGUCCGCAAGUGAGGAGCAGGAGACCAUGUGCGCGGCGCUGCUGGGAAGCGCUGACGAGUAUCUGGUCAAGCCCGUCACGCGCAAGGAGGUACAGAACAUCUGGAUGCACGUCAUGCGGCGCUACCACGCAGCCGCGGCGCAGCCGCCUGCAGCCUUGGAGGCUCCUCAGGACUCGACUGUGCAGACAGCCGCGGGAACUGGGUCCAUCAUACCAGCAGGGGCCGCGGUUACGAGCGCCAGCGCGGGCGGGGCAGCCAGCCAUGGUGUUGCGUUGGAGCGGGGGGCGCUCCUUAGCUUGGGCCUGGGCUGCCUGGGUAGUCUGGGCAGCAUUGGGUUGCCGCCGCAGGUCGCUCGGGACAUGAUGCGGGCCGCGGCGCUGGCGGCGAGCACUGGCGCGGGCAGCGCGCCUGCGCGGCCGUUGACGCUGUCGCCGCCGUUGCCGGAGGAUGGACAGAUGCGCUUCGCCUUGCUGGCCGGUAUCUCCGCCUCGAACACCCUGAGCUGCACCGCUGCUGCUGCUGCGCCACCCAGUGCAGCAGCAGAAGGGGCCGCCGCUCGCCCACUUCCAUACUCGGACACAUGCGCCGCUGCAGGCUCUGCGAUGGGUACAGCAGCAGCAACCGCCACAGCCCGCAUGGGCCCUCCCGCGCCACGCCCGCAGCAACACCCGCACCUAGCAGCAACCAAGCACGCCGCCGCUCACGCCGGCAACGACAGCAGCUUCCCCCCAUGUGCCAGCUGCCCUGGUUACACGCCCUCAGCAGGCUGCUGCCGCGGCAGCAGCGUGGAAGGCGCUGCUCCUCCUGGCAUCGGGGCUGGGUCUUGUAUGGCCGUGACUGCAAGCGCAGGUGCAGGUUCGGGGUCUGCUGGCGCGCCCAAGGUGAACCUGCUGAAGUGGCUGCGGCGUCCUUCUCGGUGCGUGCAGCCCAAAGAAAGCUUCUGGAUCUUCUGUGAGGUGCUGCUGCUGCUGGAGAGCUGCCAGGCGGCUCAGCAACAGCAGCAGGGGCCGCCGCGCUCAUGCGGGCUGCGGCCUAGCAAGCUGGUGCUGUACAGCAAUGGCCGUGUCGCGUUUGCGCCGGGGGCAGCGCCGGGUGCUGGAGCAGGGACCGCCGGCGGUGCAGCGGGGGCGGGGACAGGGUCCGGAGCCGGGGCAGGGGCAGCAAAGGGAAGGUGCAGCACGGGCGGCUCGGAUGGGCGUAAGCGACGACGGCGGCAGUCGGAGGAGGAGGAGGAGGGUGUGUGUCAUGGAGCUGCGGACGGUGGCGUCGAGGCAGCCGCAUGUGAGGCAGCCAUUGCAGCCAUUGCAGGAGGCGAGCAGAGUGCCGGCGUGGCGAGGAAGCUCGGUUGCGGCGGUAGCGGUGGGGACACCCGUGAAGGCAGCCCCGGGAAUGUGCAGCAGCAGCAGGCGAACGGACACAUGGCAUGUGCAGCGUCCGGCAGCCUGCCCGAUGCAGCCGCCCCGCAGCAAUCACAACAGCAGCGACAGCAAGGACAACAGCACCGAGCACAGCUUUGCCAGGGGUCACUCAAUUGCCAUGGACGCCCUAGCCCCCACGCUGAACUGCAGCAAUUGCAGCAGCAUCACCACCAACACCACUACCAGCAACAACAACCAGGAUCAGAUCAGCCGCAACCCGACCUGACGCUGGCGACAGCCUGCCAAGCAGGGCUAGGCAGUAGUACUCUCCCAGUACAUGCCGCCCCAACAGCACCGGCCACGCAGUCCGCACUUCCCCCCGCGCGCGCCCCUGCGGCAUUGGGGCCCCCAGCAGCGGCACCCGCCCAGUCUGGGGCAGCUGCUGUUGCCGUCGUCGGGGCCGGCGAGAGCGAGGAGGACGCGCUGUAUCGCAGCCCGGAAGAGGAGCGCGGCGAGCCCGCCACUCCCGCCUCGGACAUGUUUUCGCUGGGGCUGCUGUUCUUGGAGCUGUUUUACAGCGCCUCGGGGCAGGAGCGAACCGCGUUGCUGCGGGACGCCAGGCAGCGGAUCCUGCCCGCCUCCUUCGCCCGGCAGCAGCCCAAGGAGGCCGCCUUUGCGCGCGCGCUGCUGCAGCCCGACCCCGCCUGCCGCCCCACGCUGGGGGAGCUGCUGGGCAGCACCAUGUUCCGGAGCACCUGCGCCAGCCUCAGACAGCGAGGCAGCAGCAGGAAAGGGGGCAGCAGCAGCAGCAGCGGCGGCGGCGGCGGCGGUGGCGGAGGUGCUGGUAGAGGGGGCGGAAUGGGAGGGGGUGUGACACCCAGCGGACCGCAUUCAUGUCGUGGGUUGGCCAAGAGCCACGGCCACAGCGGCGGCAGUGCAGCCAGCGGGAGCAGGGGUGCUGGAAGCAAGCAGCAUCAACAACAGCUACAGCAACCCCACCGCUUAGCAAACGGCAGUAUCAACGCCGCCGCCGCUGCUGCUGAUGUCGCUUACGGGCAGCGUCAGGGUGGUGCAGCCAUUGGCGAGAGCGAUACAAGGCCUGCUACCGGUCCCGUUCCUGCGGACGUGCAUGGCGCCAGCGCACCCGCUGCUGCUGCCGGCCGUACUGCUAGCGGCGCUGUAGGUAGCUCCUGCGGGGGGCUGCAGGCAGAUGAUGCGGUGCUGCUGGAGUUCCUGCGCAUGCUGCGGAAGCGGAAGCUGGCUGAGCUGGCGCAGGUGGAGGCGGAGCUGGGAUCCCUCACCGCCGACGCCCAGAUGGUGGAGCAGUACCUGCAGUACAUGCUGCAGUCCCGAGCCGCGAAGCGCCACCGGGGCUCAGCCGCCGCCGCCGCCAACGCUAACGCCACUGCCGUGGUCGCCAAUGCUGGCGGGGCCGUCACCGCUCCGCCGUCCCUCGCGCCGCCGGCACCGCAAGAUCAGGGUCCAACCGAGGGCUGCAGCGUCUCUGCCACUGCUGCGACACAGCCCUCCUCCGUGCCCACGGACCCCCGCCUCGCCAAGGCCUCCCCCACCACAACAACGCCGACGGCCGCUGCGGCCACACCGGCUGUUCCUUACAGCGUGCCUGCCCUCAUGGGGGGCGGUCCUGCCGCGGCGCUGUACGUGUCGGGCCUGACACCCGCCCACAGCGCUGCCUGGUCGGAGCAGCACCAGGCGGCUCAGAGCAAGUGGUGCCGCAUCGCGCACAAGUACGAGCAGCUGGAGGCCGUGUUCCUAGACCUCCGCCCUAGACAGCCCCAACCACAGCCCUCCCCAUCACCCCGGCCUAAACCGCACCCGCACCCACCGUCCUCACCCGCCCCAACCAAACCCCAUGCAGCAGCAGCCCCGCUCUUACCGCAACCACAGCCGGCGCACCCCCUUGCAAGCUCACGUCGCGGGAGCCACCAUGCAGACGCCGGCGGGCUGCUUCCCGAGCCCCUGCUGCGCUUUGCGGAGGACCUCGCGUCCUUCGCCACCUACACCUCCCUCACGCCCGUCGCAAGCUUGCGCUACGGCGACCCGCCCACCUCUAGCUCCAUGGUUGCAGGAGCCGCGUUCGACCGUGAUGACGAGUUCUUUGCGGUCGCUGGCGUCAGCAAGCGCAUCAAGAUCUACGAGCGGGAGGCGGUCAUGCAGACCAGUGUGGUGGGGGCACACUACCCGGUGCUGGAGAUCAGCUCGCGCUCGCGGUUGAGCAGUGUGGCUUGGAGCGGCUACAUUAAGGGGCACCUGGCGUACUCGGACUACGAGGGCGUGGUACAGCUGUGGGAUGCGAACACCAACAGCGAGCUGAUGCAGUUUGAGGAGCACAGGAAGCGCGUGUGGAGCAUCGACUUUUCGCAGGCUGAUCCUGCUCGCUUACUUAGCGGCGGCGACGACGGCCUCGUGAAGCUCUGGUCCAUCCAGCAGGAAAGCAGCACGGCCACGCUGGACCUGCGAGCCAACGUGUGCUCCGUGCAGUUCAGCCCGCACUCGCCACACAUCUUCGCCGCAGGUUGCGCCAACUACCGGAUCUACCUGUAUGACAUCCGCAACACCGGGCGUGCGUUGCAUGUCGUACCAGGCCACACAAGAGCAGUGUCGUACGUUCGGUUUCUCUCGCCCACGCAGCUCGUUUCGGCGUCUACGGAUAACACACUUCGGUUGUGGCAGUUGGACGAGCAGUUGGGAGCAGCAGUCAACGCAGCAGGCGACGAUGGGCAUGCACACGGUCUGCAGCCGCCGUCUCCCAGCUGUGUCCGGGUCUUUCGCGGCCACCUCAACGAGCGGAACUUUACAGGGCUCUCCGCCUCGCCUGACGGCUACAUCGCAUGUGGCUCUGAAACCAACAGGGUCUUCUGCUACUGCCAGUGCAUGCCCAUGCCCGUCGCGUCGUACGAUUUCGGCAGCCCGGAAGACGGUCUGCACCGAGGCGGGCUUCUCGGGGCCGACAGCAGCGGUGGCGGUGGCAUGGGGGCUGGGGGAAGUCUGUUAUCAGGAACGGGUGGCCUGGACGCUGUAUCGGCGGGUGGUGCAGCGGACUUGAAUGCUGCAGGAGGUGGGGGGAUGUUCGGGACUGGAGGUGCGGCAGCUGCCAUGACGACGUCUCCGUCACCCUCGCCGUCACCCGCAGCGGGCGGGCAGUUUGUUUCCAGUGUUUGCUGGAGCCGGCGCGGCACGGUGCUGCUGGCCGCCAACUCGGUUGGGUUGGUGAAGCUCUUUGCCCUGCAGUAAUGAAGAGGGUGCUGGGUGCGUGUGGAGGCGGAAGCGGCAGGGGGCGGGGGAGCGAAUGAGGGUCUGCAGCGAAGCUACUGUGGCCGAAGGGGCUGGAGGGGCGUUGUCGUUGUAUACCGGUGGGCGCUGUGAUGCAUGUGGCCAGGGUGAAGGAAGCAUCGAGUGGCAAUGCACGUUUAAUAGUCGUCGCAUGCAAGAAUAGGGUGCGUCUUUGCGUGUGGGUGAAGCGGCUCUGUUCAAAGGUUGGUGGUCUGGUAGCACUGAGGCGCACGCAAAAUGAGAGCCGCGGCAGCAGCAACUGUGUAGCAGGGCAAACCGCCUGUCCGGCGCACGUAAGCGUCGGUAUAAGCCACUACUGUAGGCGGUGGCGUGGAGGGUGUUGGCCAUGGUUACCAGCAGCGGGGCGUGUUCAUGCCGCCCCUGCUGGCUAUAUAAUUCUUUAGUUAAUGCAGGUUACUGGAGAAGAAAACCUUUAUAGCGGGCGUUCGGUUGUGUAUGGGAUGUGGUUGUGGGGAAAUGCGGGUUGGCAUACUAGGAGGGCAUACGUGCCUUGGCAGUUGGUAUCUUGUUGGCCAUCAGAUUGCUUCGAUCCAACUAACGCAGGAUUGCCCGUUGGGUGCCAUGGGUUGCCCCUUGUUGGGACGCGAGGGUCCGCAUUGUCUGCAACAGGCGCUUCGCUUGUUGCCCGCUUUCUCCUUUCCCAGCUCCUAUUUCGUUCUGUUGCCCGCGGCAGAGGCAGUAGCAAGCUGGGGUUGUGUGUUGCAUAGCAUGGUGUUCUGAUCGCCAAUUAUGCAUCCAAUAAUAAAUGCGGUACCAAGAGUGUCGCCUGGGGGUAUGUCGUCCGAGAGUUCAGAAGGGAUGAAGCUGGCGUGAAGCCAGGUGCCGUGCUGGUAGCAGCAGUGUCAUGCAUGAGUGGAAUGAAGAGUAGACUGGGAAGGCUGUUGGGUGCAAAGGUGUGAGCAGUCCCAGGCUUUCACUGGAGGGGUUACUGAGGAGCGAGGGAAGCUGUAGUCUAGGAGUGACGCAUGCCUAGUGACAUGUUCUGUCUGUCCUCAUUCAUGUCGAAGUUACCUGGCGCCAGUUCUGUACGGCGUUGAGAGUUCGGGAGAGGUGCUUCUGACGCUUACACGCCUGAAUACUUGGGUGGCGUGGAUGCUUACAAUGCGUUAGCUUUAUCUAAUUGGUGCGCUUGGGCAAAACAUGCCCUAUGUAGGAUAUGAGAUGUAGGACAUGAUGGAGGUUUAUUACAUGAGGAAGGGAUUGCUCGGGGCACACAGGCAGGCCCGUGCCCAUAUGCUCACUCUGUAUGCGUGUGGGGAGGUGGAUCAAACGUACCGGUGGUAGAUGUGUAUGCGGCACCAAUGGCAAUAAAGGUACAAUUAUAAGGGCCCUCGUAAUCCGGGGGAAGAUACAAAAUAAGACCAAGGAUCACGUCCCGGCUGCUACCUACAUCUGCCUCUGUAGAAAGGGAGGAAAGCCGUUAAAGCUAUAGAGAAGAACCCCCAACACACGAGUGGGCGGUGAAAUGAAGUGUUUGUUACGGGCAGCUUCGUUAACAACCCU